AUGUUAUACGGUAUUCUAUUAGAAAGUGCACGAGAUGGAAUCUGUCUUGGCUAUGGAAAUCAGAUGUGGAAAAAGAUUGUUCAAGAACUUAAUUUCGAACACGAAUCAUUCACUACACUUGGACGAUACGAAGAUAAUUUGGUAGAGAAGAUUGCAGAAUGUUUGGCUGAUAUUCUGCAUGAAGGAACGCCCGAGUAUUAUAUGCAGUUCUUUGGCGAAUGUUUUGUGAGAUUUUUCACAAACUAUGGCUAUGAUAAGAUCCUGCGUGUGGCUGGAAGACAUUUCGGCGAUUUCCUUCACUCGAUUGAUCAACUUCACGAUUCGACCAAGUUUAGUUUUCCGCGAAUGAAAUCUCCGUUGUUUCAUGUCCUCGAAGAAGAUGAACAUGGUGCAUUACUUCAAUAUAAAUCGCGUCGACGUGGUUUUCAACGAUAUAUCGUCGGUCAACUGAAAGAAUGUGGAUCACAAUUCUACCAUGAAGAGAUCUAUGUUCGCAUUCAGGAAGAUCUUUCUACUAACGAAUAUACACGUAUUAUCUUUCGUGUUGACUUUAAUAAUUCAGCUGCAAAAGAAACAUCGAAACGUCUUCAUUGUAUUCCCAAUCUUCCUGACAUUACUAGUGACACAUUCUUCAAAGUCUUUCCAUUUUGUGUUCUGUUUGAUCCAUCAAUGCGUAUCACUCAUAUGGGGAAGUCAAUCAAAAGUCUCUUCCCCUANUUUCGUACAACACAACUUCGCCAUUUAGAUACACGUAUUAUCUUUCGUGUUGACUUUAAUAAUUCAGCUGCAAAAGAAACAUCGAAACGUCUUCAUUGUAUUCCCAAUCUUCCUGACAUUACUAGUGACACAUUCUUCAAAGUCUUUCCAUUUUGUGUUCUGUUUGAUCCAUCAAUGCGUAUCACUCAUAUGGGGAAGUCAAUCAAAAGUCUCUUCCCCUACGACACUGUUGUUAAUGGACGACACCUCGACGAAAUCUUUCGCUUAGUUCGACCAGAUAUUCCGUUGGAAUGGAGCAAUAUGCUCAGCUACGGUCGACAUAUCGUGUUCCUCAUGGAAAGUCGAAUAGCACUUCGAUCAGAUAAAGGAACAAAAUCCAACGAUGGUACAGUUACGAAAAAGCCUAAAACAACAGCAGGAAUGACUGGAAGUUCAGCGAUUCGACUGAAAGGACAAAUGAAAUGGAUAAGUAGUUGGAAUAUGAUGGUUUUUCUCUGCCAUCCCAUAUUAUCAACGACUGAAGAAAUGAUGAACAUCGGAUUGACUCUACACGAUCUCAACUUCUACGAUGGAAGUAGUGAGAUUCUAAUUGCAGGUAUGCAACAUGCAAGACAAUUACAAGCAGCUAUUGACAAACAACAUGCCUGGAUUUCAAAAUUACAAGCAACAAAAGUUGAACUAAAAGAAUGGCGACGAAAAGGCAAACGACUUCUUUAUUCGAUGAUGCCACGUCAUAUAGCACAGAUGUUACAACAAGGCAUAGUUGCUAAUUCUAUUUGUGAAUCACAUAAAUUGAUCACUGUUCUCUUUUGUUAUACAUUGGAUUUCAAAGAUGUUGUUCAUAAAUUACCUCCGAAUGAAAUCGUUCAAGUUGUGAAUCAAAUGGUGAUUAUUUUUGAUCAGUGUUCUGACAAAUAUGAUGUGUUUAAAGUAGAAACAAAAGCGGAUUCAUCGUAUAUGAUUGUAGCGGGCAUCCAAGAACGUGUUUCUCAGCGAAGAAUAUCGAGUAGUUCAGGAUCAAGUAUAAGAAGUUCAGUUGGUGGAGAUAGUCUAGAUGAAGUUCUACCUGACAUAAAGAAUCCACUUGGUUUGAAUCAAGCAGAAAUUGUUGCUGGUCUUGCAUUUGAUCUACUAAAACAGUCGAAAAAGCUCAUCAAUAAAAUCAGUAAGGUGCCAUUUAAAGUCAAAAUUGGUUUUCAUUCGGGAUCAGCUGUUGGUGGUAUUGUUGGACAUAAGAAUUAUCAAUAUUGUCUUUUCGGUGACACGAUCAAUACGGCUAGUCGAGUAACAACAACGGGUGAUAUAGGUCGAAUUCAUCUCAGUGCAACAUCAUGGGAACUAUUGAAAGAUUCGAUUUAUUUCGACACAACUCCACGAGGACAAAUCGAAAUGAAGGGUAAAGGAGAGAUGCAAACAUAUUGGCUGACAGGCGUCAAAGAUGCGUAUGUUGAACAUGCAUCGAUCGUUGAUUCGAAAAGUGAAACACUUGAAAAUGCCCUUCUAUCGGAAUAUCAUCCAACAAUGUAUGAAAUCAAUGAUCGGAAAAAAUCGUUGGCAAAUGUCAUUAAUAAACUGCCAACUUCAUCCGAUCAAUGUCCAUUUAGUAGUUUUCGAUCGCCACCUUCUUUUAUUUGA